AUGCUAAAGCGUCCUCUUCUAGCUCCUGCUCAAGACGUUGUCCGCUAUGAAACCGUGGUAUUUAACCGCAGCAUUGCGCCGGACCUGACUGAGUUCCAAGGCUAUCCAAGUGACAAGAAUAAUAAGGCAUGGGAAGAUCUGUAUCAAGCUGGAAUGAGCAUAAUUCCUAAAGAACAAGCAGCAAAGCUUGUGGAUCCAAGUCGGCCACAUGAAAAAGUACCAGGUUAUUAUACCGUUCAGUUGGAUGUAUUCCAUCAGCUUCACUGCCUGAAUCGGAUCAGGAUGGGUCUAUGGGGCAGGGAUACUGCUCUCCGCUAUCCUGACUCGAUCGAUAGUAUCGACCAUUUCAAUCACACGGACAUGUCAAUGGAGCAUACAGGACAUUGCAUCGAUGUUAUUCGUCAAAGUCUGAUGUGCUCUGCUGAUAUUUCCGUUGUCCCAUGGACUUGGCAUACGGAGGCCAAGGUAGUAAGACCUCAUGAUAACUCUACACACACCUGCCGGAAUUUUGGGGCUAUACAAAAGUGGGCAAAGGAUCGCCAAGCUCCAAAUUGGAACGAAUCAGUUUUUGUUCCAGAUCCUUUGCGUGGGGAAGUAUAG